CGAUCGCUCAGUACAUUUUCAAUUGUGAAUCCAUAAACACCGGUCCCCCAUAAAACCUAAAUAAAGUUAUGCAAACAUAAUUCUUUCAAAUACGAAAAAAAAUAAAAGUGCACUAAAUUCCGGUAAAAAUAUUGGGGAACAACAACACAAAAUGGAUUUAUUAUUUCUGAGUAGGCGAAUUUAUUUGGGCACCGAGGAGGGCUUCAUGCACGGCGGCAUAAUUGUCGAUAGCGAGGGGAUAAUCAAAAAGAUUUUACGCUCAGCCCAAGAAGUCAAUUCGUAUCUAUAUAAUAUCGAAUCGGAGGCGGUAUACGAUUUUGAAAAUAUGGUCCUGAUGCCGGGUCUCAUUGAUGUCAAUGUUCAUAUAAAUGAACCGGGUCGCAAGGAUUGGGAAGGCUUCUUGAAUGCCACCAAGGCGGCGGCAGCUGGUGGUUUUACCACCAUUAUUGAUCGGCCGACCAACUCCAUACCCCCCACCACCUCCAUGGCGGCAUUGAAGGCUAAAUUGUGUACGGCCCGUGGAAAGCUCUAUGUCGAUGUUGGAUUUUGGGGUGGCCUUAAUACCAAAGAUUGGUCGGAUAUGCCAGCCCUGAUAGCUGGUGGGGUAAUGGGCCUACAAUGUACCCUGGUGGAGUCUCCGGAACCGGUGGGAAAAGAAUAUCCUCCCAUAACAAAGGAACAAUUGGAGACUGUACUGCAGAAGGUCGAUGAUGGAAUUCUGAUAGCAGUCCAUGCCGAACAACCCCUUGACAUUCCAAUCAAAGCCAAUGAGGAGGAACCCAAAUGUUAUGAAUCAUUUCUGAGGACAAGGCCAGCGGAGAUGGAAGUAAAGGCUGUCAGGACAAUUGCAGAAUUGGCUCUAAAACACAAGAGGAAAAACUUCCACCUCCUGAAUCUAAGUGCCAAUGAGGUCCUACCCAUUAUCAAGGAUUGCAAGAGCAAGGGCGCAAAACUCACUGCCGAAACUUGCCCUCAUUAUUUGAGUUUAGCUGCCGAGGAUGUAGAAGACUGCCGCACGGAAUUCAAGACUCAUCCACCAAUUAGAGCCCGUUCCAAUCAAGCUCCGCUGUGGGAGGCGGUAAAAUCAGGGGUGAUAGAUAUUAUUGCCUCAGAUCAUUCUCCUGCUACACCAGGACCAAAAUGUCUCACCUAUGGUAGAACUCGCGGGAAUUUCCUAAAUGCCUGGCCUGGUAUAUCGUCAUUGCAACUGGGUUUAUCGGUCAUGUGGACCCAUUGUGAAAAACAUGGCCUGGGCAUGCAACAUCUCUACAAGACAAUGUGUGAAAAUCCGGCAAUACUUUGUGGCCUGGAAAAUUCCAAAGGAAAAAUUAUUGAAGGUUAUGAUGCGGACUUUUGUAUUUGGGAUCCGGAUGCAGAGUUUCAUGUGAAUGCGGAUAUGUUGUUUUCAACAAAUAAGGCCACACCUUAUAUGAAUCAACGCCUCCGUGGAAUGGUGCAUGCUACUGUUGUUCGAGGUCUUCACGUCUAUCAACAAAAUGAGGGUUUUGGUCAACCACUUGGCAGAAUAGUCCUGCGAAAAAAUGUCAAGAAAGUUGUGAAAUUUUCAUGAGCACUAGGAAAUAAUUUGGAAAUAUUAGUUAUAAGUAAAUAAUUUAA